GUGUAGGGGUAUGGGGAGCAUACCUGAACUCAGCCCAACACAAUUCAUUUGCUUUGUGUUAAUGCAAAUUUGAAUCAGUCACCCCCAUCACAAGUUUGAAUUCACCAUCUUCCCUCUCUAAAACAACCAAGCUAUACUGUUUCUACCCUUAGAAUUGACCCCAUCAAGUGUUUGUAAAAAUGCCAAACAGAAACCCCACCGUCGUGUACUCACCAUCCUCACCUCGAAGAUCACCGAGGCUCAUCCUCCUCCACAACAACACCAAUCCCACCACCCCCAAACCUAAAUCCACCAAAAAAUCUUCUACCCAGUCAAGAACCCCCGCUGCUAGGGUAAGUAAAACACCCCGAUCGAAGGAUGAAGUUCCUCUCAGACGAUCCGCUAGAUUCUCCAAUCAUAAAGCUCACCUGAAUGAGGACGUUCAACUUAGCGAAUUUCGUUCCGGUGAUACGACGAAAGUGAAGCAAGGAAAAACGAAGGAAAGUAGUGGCGAUGAGGGAAUUGGGUCUGAAGUUGAUGGAAAAGGGAAGAGAAAGCUCAGUGGCGAUGAAAUAGUGGAAGAGAGUAGGAAGGAACAAGUUGAAAGUGGAGCGAGAGGGAAAAGAAAGCAAGAUGGUGGUGAAGUUGCUGAAGGGUGGACUAAGGAGCAAGAAUUGGCACUGCGAACAGCUUACUUUACUGCAAAACCUAGUCCCAAUUUCUGGAAGAAAGUAUCCAAACUGGUACCUGGGAAGUCCAAACAAGAUUGUUUCGAUAGAGUUCACCGUGACUUCCAAACACCACCUCCAUGUCAGCCUAGAUCACGGGCGAAGACAAUUAACUCUUCUUCUCCUCUUCAUCAAUUCUCAAUAUCUGCAAGUAAACUUCUCAAACCUACUGAAAAGAAGGUUUCUAAAUCAAAUGUUCUCAAACCAAAAAGCAUUGUUAACCAGAAGUCUAUCGAGAAUAUGUUACAGCGCCAUCUUAAAGUGGAUCAAGUCCAUAAAGGAGACAUAUUUUCUGCUCUUGAACCAAACAUUGAUUUUUCUACUAAUGAUUUUCAGCUUAGUCAAGCACUUUGUACUCCAAAGCAGCAAAAGGAAAAUCAAGGGUUUCUUCAAAAUUUCACUGAUCGAUCAUCAUCGUUUUCAAGUCACAAGAAGCCUCUUUCUAGAUUUAGUGGAUCGUCAGGUGUUCAAGAUCUUGCCAGUCCACCUGUGCUAAAGAAAGUAAAGAACAAGGUGCAACAUGAAAAAUACGUCAAUCAAUUAAGAUUUAGGGAACUAAAGAGAAGAGCAGCAUCUUCAAGGACAAAAAAUGCUGUAGUAGGAGAAGGAAACCACAUUCAGAAAAAGAAUGCUGUUAAAGCAGCAAAAGAUGCAUUGGUUUCUGAAGCUAGAGAUGCUAUCAACAAGUUUCAACAAUCACAAGUCAAUAUCAUGGACAACACUUGUAGUUCUGAUGAGGACAAUGAUGAUGACAUUGGAGUUGAAUGUGAUAGUCAGUAGGUUUUCUCGAGCUAUAUAACUAAAACUAGUUAAAUAAUUGCAUGUAUAGUUGUUUCAUUUGAAGUUUUAGACAAUAUAUCUUAGUCAAAAUCUAGUUUUCCUAGCUCAAAACUUCCUUUGUAAUAUGGCAACCAUAAUUCUUCUAGAUGUAUGCAUUUAGAUUAGGAUUUAAAGCAGCAAUAGUUAGUAGGAAUAAUAGUUAGUCUUAGAGUGUCAAUUGAGUUUUUAGUUGGAUUCAUGUCAUUGUGUUUAGUAGGAUUUAUGAACAUGUUCACUGAAGGUGAUUUGCUGUUGCCAUAUCUUCUCAUUAUCUGACUCUUAAUGUGUUUUCUUGAAAAUGAAUAACGAGUCUUAGAGCUAUAGUUGUUUUUGGAUUAAAAGCUUAAUUAAGCACUUAUUGAAUAAACAU